UGCAAGCUGCCCUAUAACACCGAGAAAGAAGAAGAAGCGGAGGAGGAAGGGGGUGAUGGUUUGUCAACAGUAUUGAGAAGAAGGUGUUGAUUCAUACCCUCAUGGUCGUGUUUACCUUUGUGACUAUAGGUUUUAGACAGUGUGCAGGAUUUAUAAACAUCAGCUACGUUAACUGAGGGCUGGUCGCCAUCUUUCGUAUUCGCUGCGUUAGCUAGCUUAAGUGUUGAAAUAGGAAAUGUCAACAUGGCAGAGUGCGAGGAUGAGAUCUGUCGUCAGCACAGACUGAUGGCUUUCAUCUGGAAAACUGAAAUACAGCCGCACAGAAAAGAGCCUCCACAGCAACAUGUCUGUAUCAAGGAGGAGUUUCCUGCUGACCUGCUGGAGAAGAACCCCAGUCCAGACCAAGAGGAGCCAGAACCUCCACAAAUUAAGGAGGAACAAGAGGAGCACUGCAUCGGUCUGGAAGUAGAGCAGCUCCUCCUGAAGCAGGAGGACGAUGAUGACUUCUUGCUCAAUCCCACUUUUGAGGAAAGUGACCACAGUGAACCAGAUCCAAGUGACCACCAGCUCCUCUCCCACAACUCAGCUCAGAGACAAGAUCUCAAAGAGCUCCCAAAGCAACAUGUCUGUAACGAAGAAGAGUUUUCUGCUGACCAGCAGCUCUGGAACCUUGAGAGGAACCCCAGUCUGGACCAAGAUGAGCCAGAACCUCCACAGAUUAAAGAGGAACAGGAGGAGCUCUGCGCCAGUCUGGAAAUUGAGCAGCUUGUACUGAAGCAGGAGGACGAUGAUGACUUCUUGUUGAAUACUACUUUCAAGGAAAGUGACCAAGAUCUCAAAGCACUCCCACAGCAACAUGUUCUUAAUGAGGAAGAGUUUCCUUCUGACCAGCAGCUCUGGAACCUUGAGAGGAACCCCGGUCCAGAACAGGAGGAGCCAGAACCUCCACAGAUUAAAGAGGAACAGGAGGAGCUCUGCACCAGUCUGGAAGUAGAGCAACUUGUACUGAAGCAGGAGGACGAUGACGACUUAAAUCCUACUUUCGAGGAGAGUGGCCACAGUGAACCAGAUCCAAGUGACUACCAGCUCCUCUACCACAACUCAACUCAGAGUCAAGAUCUUAAAGGAGACAAGCAUGGACACUCAAAAUCAGUUAGAAAUGCAAAGCCAUCAUCAGAGAAGAGACAUCACAUCAUCAAAAAAAAAGCCAAAGGUCACAGUAACCUUGCAUGUAACUCUACUAUGUCAAAGACUAUUCCAGAUACCUGCAAUGGUAAAAACAUUUUCCAGUGUGACACUUGUGGAAAAGUCUAUAAGUGGAAGUCACGAUUAAAUAUACAUCUGAGAGUCCACACAGGUGAGAAACCAUAUUUUUGCAAAGCAUGUGGGAAGGGUUACACAUGUAACAAUAGCUUACGGGUGCAUAUGAGAAUGCACACAGGUGAGAAGCCGUUUUCUUGCAAAACAUGCGGGAAAGGUUUCGCAUUCAGCAAUAGCUUGCUAGUCCACAUGAGAACACACACAGGUGAGAAACCUUUUUCUUGCACUACAUGUGGGAAAAGUUUCAUGUCAAUGGGUGGCUUGCAGGUCCACAUAAGACAGCACACAGGUGAGAAGCCGUAUCCUUGUACAACUUGUGGGAAAACAUUCGGUGACGUAUCGGUACUAAAUAAGCAUUUGCAUAUCCACACAGGUGAGAAACCAUAUUCUUGUAAGGUAUGUGGGAAAGACUUCAGAUAUCCCAGUGACUGCAAAGUACACAUGAGAACACAUUCAGGUGAGAAGCCAUACCUUUGCAACACCUGUGGGAAAAGAUUUGCUCAUGUGUCAAACUUAAAACAGCAUAUAAAUAUCCACACUGAUGAAAGGAGAUAUAUCUGCGGAACAUGUGGGGAAAGUUUCCUGUCUCGCAGUGACUUGCAGGACCACAAGAGUACACAUCCAGUGGAGAAACCAUACCAUUGCAACACCUGUGGGAAAAGAUUUGGUCGCCUGUCGACCUUAAAACGCCAUACAAAUAUCCAUACUGAUGAAAAGCCACAUAUCUGCGGAACAUGUGGAAAAGCUUUCAGACUUUGGCAAAAAUUGGCAGUCCAUAUUCGACACUUCCACCCGGAAAAGCGGCUUAUCCCUUUAACACCAGUUGGAGAAUGUACUUUGAUGAUUCCCAAUUUGAAAGGAGUGUGAGGUCACGCAGAGAUAAGUAACCUUGUAUUUAAAGAAAAUAUGAGUGAUUUGUUGCAGUGGCUCAUGGCUAAACAUACAAGAAUGUGAGAAAAGGUUUUCUCAAAUCCACUGAAUGUUGUGAGAUGGUUGUCAAAGUUUCAGGAAAGACUGUUGAUCAUUAUGUAAAAAUCAGACAUCUUUGUGYCACUGAGAUUCAUGAGAACAUAAAAUGUGGUUCAGAUWAUCAGAUGACUUCCCUUUUUCUUUUCUCUUUCUAUUAAAAAAAAAAAUCUCUUGUGAAUGACUACACAGUCCUAAAUGACUGUCACUGUAAAUAUUCAUUMUUUUGCA